AUGUGGAUGCAAUUCAGUCUACGUGGAAAUUAUAAAUGGUAUGAUAUAUUACCUAAUCUUAUUUCUAAUUAUAAUAACACUAAACAUCGGACUAUUGGAAUGAAGCCGAAAGAUGUUACUGCAGAAGAUGUUGAGAUUUUGAAAGAACGAUUUUUAAAGCUAAGAAAAAUACCUUUAAAGAAAGCAAAGUUUAAAAUUGGUGACAAAGUUCGAGUCAGCAAGUAUAAAAGCGUGUUUGAGAAAGGUUACACUCCCAAUUGGACAACAGAAAUAUUCACAAUAGAUCAAGUCUUGUCAACUAAACCUAUAACUUAUAAACUCAAAGACUAUCAAGAUCAACCCAUUAGUGGAGGAUUCUAUGCAGAGGAACUUCUUAAAGUAAAAUAUCCAGAUAUUUAUUUGGUUGAAAAAAUUCUCAAGACACGUGGAAAUAAAGUUCUCGUAAAAUGGCUUGGCUUUGAUAACUCUCACAAUACUUGGGAAGAGAAAGCAAAUUUAUAA